CACAAGCGGGAUGAAGGAGGAGCCGGUGAACUGGGUCACAUGGGCCGCAAUGAGCACUUUUACUCAAAACACAACAGUCAGCACAGCGCUACAGAGUCGACCUGUUAGUGUAAGCUAUCCCUCAUCUCUGGACAUUCAGGUUCAUUUGAAUUUGGUUGUCGUUUUAUCUGGAAGCUGAAAGAGUCCAGCCGUGCAGCGUUCACUAUCCACGAACAAGUGUGUCGAGUCGUUUUGAAUCAUUCAGCAUUUGUGUCGAGGAGCUGUUUAAUACUCUGGGAGCUUCAACAGAUGGAACAAAUCUGAAGAGUAGACAUUUAAAACUGGGAUAUCUGCCUGUUUUUUUAAAUUUCAGAGACAAAAAAACAAAAAUGUUCGGCGUUUAAAAACCAGUCAUCACACAAGCUGGUGACAUUUUCAUACAUUUUCAUACAAAGAGCCACCAGAAAGUUUUGAACACGAAAGAAAUCCAGGAGAGAAACAACUCUGUGUUGUCGGAAGACAUGGAAUCAACAAAGGCUGGGGGCGUUAUAGCCUACAUCAGCUCAUCGAGUUCGGCCUCCAGCCCCGAGUCGUGCCACAGCGACAGCUCCAACAGCAGCUACCAGUUUUCAUCCUCUUCACCUAGUGCGUCCUUUUCCACCCGCCCCAAUGGACAGCAGGUGGACGUGGCCAACUUCUCCCAGCCUCAGAGUCACAGCACGACCAAGACGCGCUCACCAUCUACCGCCAAAUCUGGUAUCACCAAGAUCAGUGGCCUGGUGUUGCUGUGUAAAGUGUGCGGCGACGUGGCUUCAGGAUUUCAUUAUGGUGUUCAUGCCUGCGAAGGCUGCAAGUGUUUACAAGAGGAAAAAAAGGAAAAAAAAAACUGGUUUCUUCAGGAGGAGUAUCCAACAGAACAUCCAGUAUAAGAAGUGCCUUAAGAAUGAGAACUGCCCCAUCAUGCGCAUCAACAGGAAUCGAUGCCAGCAGUGUCGCUUCAAGAAGUGUCUGCUUGUUGGCAUGUCUAGAGAUGCUGUGCGUUUUGGAAGAAUACCAAAGCGAGAGAAACAGCGCAUGCUGCUAGAGAUGCAGAGCGCCAUGAACAACAUGAUGAACAACAGCCAGCUGCAUGGCAGCAGUCCUCCAGUUUCCAGCAGCCAGACUCAGCCUUGUCUGGCAAAGCUCGCCUCUGGGGCCACACCCCAUGCUCCUCCUUCCUUCUCUCCUGCCUCUUCCCCUCAAAGCAGCCAAUCCGAGUUGAGCAACGAUCCUGAGCCUUCGCUCCCGAUGGACACAAGCCCAAGUUCUGACUCAUCCAGUGCCACAGACAGUGGAGAAGAAGAGGUCAUCGGCACAGGGAUGAGGACAGGUCACGAAGUCGAACGCAUCAUGGAGGACACACACGAGGUCUGGAACCAUCAUAACAACAUAGCUACAGUAACACGCCAGCGCCCACGUUUACACUGCUCUCCUCAGGAUCCUCGUGAAUCACCACAGGAAGAUAAUUCUCUCAGCCGGUGCCCGGUUAGAGUGAGCAACAGUGCCUCCAGUGCCCAGUGCCAUGUCCAGCUGCUCGCCAAUGCUGAUCCCAGUCACUGUUCUGCCUCUGUUAUUGGCCAGUCGCUCCGGGCGCACAACUCCAACGGAACCCGAGCCAGUGGGAGCUACGCUGGUCCAGCAUGGAGUGGAGGCAACAGGAUGCAUCUGGUGUGUCCCAUGAACACUUCUCCCUAUGUGGACCCACAUAAAUCAGGCCACGCUAUCUGGGAGGAGUUCUCCAUGAGCUUCACUCCGGCUGUAAGGGAGGUGGUGGAGUUUGCCAAACGCAUCCCCGGAUUCAGGGAGCUGUCGCAGCACGACCAGAUUAGUCUCCUCAAAGCGGGUACUUUUGAGGUGCUGGUGGUACGUUUCGCAUCAUUGUUUGACGUGAAGGAACGCACUGUGACCUUUCUGAGUGGGAAGAAGUACAGUGUGGAGACACUGUGCUCUAUGGGUGCUGGUGACCUGCUCAACUCUAUGCUGGAUUUCAGCGAGAAGCUGCGUGCUCUGGACCUCAGUGAGGAGGAGAUGAGCCUUUUCACUGCUGUUGUACUCGUCUCUGCAGACCGUUCAGGCCUGGAGAAUGCAAAGUCAGUAGAAGCGCUACAGGAGUCACUGAUCCGCGCCUUGCGCAGCCUCAUCACGCAGAGCCACCCGAAUGAGAGUGCCAUCUUUACCAAGCUGCUUCUCAAACUGCCUGAGCUCCGCUCGCUCAACAACAUGCACUCGGAGCAGCUCCUGGCCUUCAAGGUCCAGCCAUGAAACGCAGUUCUUCUCCUUCUGUAACUGUGCUGUCCUUUCACCACCAGAACCUCCAGAUUCUGUACAAAUCAAAUCUUUCCACCUCACAAAUUGGAGGCCUGAUGUAGAGGUGGAAGGGAGCAACAAGUUGAGCUCAGUGUACUGUAAAGGUGUAAGGUGUGAGUUUUGUGAUAAAGUAGGACUGAAAAGGAAACAAAAUACAGAGGGGCUGUGAUUCUUGGGAGAGACUAUGUGUGCGUAUGCAGUCCUCUUUCAGAGGCACCUUCUUGAACUUCAUUUUAGACUUAAACUGUUUAACUGUCUGUGCAAUAUGUGACCCAUGUUUACUGUUCAUGUUUUGGUCUUUUUAUGGUUCGAGAGAUGCUGCUGUCUACAUACUGCAAUGCUGUGUAUGAUGGUGGAUAUAGGUACCAUAGGAAAAUGUUUCUUUCACUUAAGUAGUUGGUGCCUAUCACAAACCUAUAUUUUUUUUGGAGUAUGGUAAUGGCGGGAUAUUUCCUUACAUGCUUUGUUACGCUAAACACAAGUAAAGGAAAGCUAGUACCAGAGAUAAGAUGAAUAAGAUGAAUGUGGAAGAAGCUGCUAAAUUCAAGCUUUUUAUUAUAAUGGGUUGUAAAAUGGUGCAGUGUCACUGUUUUUACCUACAGAAAGAGAUAAGAAUGUUUAACAGAUUAUAUAUAUAUAUAUAUAUAUAUAUGUAUUUUUCCUAGUUGAGUACUUCUAGCUGAGUAAAAGGACGUUCAUUUUUAGUUUAGCAUAAUGGUGCAGCUAUGUAUAUGUUUUGUGAACAAUAGGACUAUAUUUGGUAGAAUUGAAUAAAAAAACGCUCUGGCAGUGUUUCUACGUUACAGGGAUUUAGAAACAAACUUGAUUAAGUUAGUAGCCUGCAUGCACUGUCCAGUGAUUAUCAAUGGGACCCAAUCAAAACAUUCUGAAAAUUAAGUCAAACACUCCCUGAUGGCUGACACUAUCGGAUUGUAUAUAUAAGGACAGAAUUUAUCAAUGCUAAAAAUUAGAAAACAUUUUUGUCUCUUUUGCUGAGGGGUUAGGUAUGAAAACUAGAGUGAGACAUUAGUCCUGGCUGAUGUUUUUUUACUUAUUCAAGUAGUGAUUUCAAUUCUGGACAGAUGGGUGACAAAUUAAAGGAAAAACCGGUGGCUCUGUUAUGCUAUCGGGGCAUUUUGAUGGCAUGGUCUGGGUCUACAUGUCCAGUGGGAGGGAAGGGUCAUUUCCAAUCAAUACAAAGUCUUUUUCUGACUGAUCACCUUAAUGCUAUGAUGAAACAUCUCCACCACCAACAUCAAAACCUGUUGGAAGGAUGGUGUUCAUCCUUCCAGUACAGUUCCUGAGACUCGAACAAUCUAUGUCCAGGUUUACUGAAGCUGUUCUGGCAGCUUGUGGCGGCCUAGCACCAAAGGCACUUUAUGUUGUUUUUUUCCCUUUAAUUUGUCACCUGCCUGUAUUUCAGUUUUGUUAUCUUAUUUUUCUUUUUUCUGGUCAAGUAUGUUCAGUACAAAUCCUUGUAGAGUUAUUUUUGGCUCAGUUUUCAAUUAGUUGUGCAACAUACAAGCAUAUCACAUGACAGACCGAGAGGGAGCUUGGAGCAAUCACAGGAGACAAACAAGGUACUUGAGCACGUAUUCCAUUUUCUGACUUGUGCUAUCACUUGAAGAGGGAUAAGACUGUGUAAGCUGAAAAUAUUCUUAUCUGAUUUUUGGUUUGACUGAAAUAUCAAACUUACCUCAUAAUGAUUGUAGUGUUGUUGACACUUGAUUGUAUUUGCAGUGAAGAGAAUAGCAGUGGCAGUGAAGAUGUAGUUUUUCAGUCAUAGUAGUGUUGAUUACAUUAAAAUUUCCUUGUAGUUUGUGUCCUGAGGUACUGACUGCAUUUAAGCUUCCUCUCAGUAUCCAUCUUGAGCAUCUGUCAGCACUGGAUUGCCAAAAGCUGGUCUGUACUGGUUUUUAUUUGUGAAAAUGUUGCAAAAUACCUAGAUUUAUAUGUGUAAGAUAUAUAUACAGAUAAUAUAUAUUACAUAUAAAAUAAAAACUAUAAAUAAAACUC